CCCCGGAUUCUUUUAUUCUUCUUCUUUGGCACUUGUCUUUCUCUUCACAUACAUUUGUUUACUCUCCUUCCAAAUUAAAGAAUGAGGAACUCUGAGAGUAAAGACCCUAUCGAUUGAUUGUCAAAGCUCCAACAUUGAAUUUCACUCAGCAGGAGUAUAGGUGAUGACAAAUGCUUUCAUUGUAAUUUCAAUUGCUAUUUGUCUUCUCAAUCAGUAGUUCACAAGAUUGCAACUUUAACUAGAUUAUGCACGAUCCUGGAUUAGAAGAGCUGAUAUUGAAGCUGCUGCAAAGGUAGAUCGAGGAUUGUUGCUACAUUGUUCUUGUUUUGAAGGAAAGGAAUCACUAAACGAGAGUAAUUGCAGUCGCAGUUAGUCCCUUGAUCACCUAACUUCAGUUUAUGAACAGAGGGAAAUGGCAUCUUUAGUCCACCUGCCAUCUGCAACAUCAGCAGUUACUUCGCGACAUGCACGUCAUAAACAGCUGCAAUUGUUGAAAAUCCAAAGAGUGCCAAAUGGAAUGACCUUUCCUUGUAUGAGCCGUAAGUCGUUCACUCUUUGCUGUUCAAAUCAGUCUCCAUGGGAACCUGCACCUGUCACUUAUGUUCCUAGUGAUAAUAUUGAAGAUAAAUUUUUGGAAGGGACAACCAAUAUAUUUGAAACCAUGUCGUCCAGCAAACCAGCUGAAUCUUCAUUAACUGAGGCUGAAGGCCUCACUGAUGUAAAGAAUCCGCCACCUUUGCAGCUCCAAUACCUCCAAUGGCCUGUGUGGGUUCUUGGCCCUGCAGUUCUCUUAGCCACUGGGAUGGUGCCAACUUUGUGGCUGCCUAUUUCAUCAGUUUUCAUUGGUCCCAACAUAGCCAGCCUUCUUUCCUUGACUGGACUUGAUUGUAUUUACAAUCUUGGAGCAAACCUAUUUCUCCUGUUAGCCGAUUCUUGUGCUCGUUCACCAGACACCAGUGAAGAUUCCAGCAGCAAGCCGCCUUUUAGUUAUCAGUUAUGGAACAUGGUCGCAAACAUUAUGGGUUUAGUCAUUCCCUUGACAGUACUUUUUGGUUCUCAGAACAGUUUCCUUCAGCCUCAACUUCCUUUCAUUUCUUAUGCGGUGCUCUUGGGUCCCUAUCUCCUGCUUCUAUGCAUACAGAUACUCACAGAGAUGCUGACAUGGCAUUGGAAGUCACCAGUGUGGUUGGUGACACCGGUAGUUUAUGAAGCUUAUCGUGUGUUGCAAUUGAUGAGGGGUUUAAAGCUCAGUGCAGAACUCGCUGCACCAUCAUGGAUGCUGCAUACCAUUAGAGGACUAGUCUGCUGGUGGGUACUCAUUCUUGGCAUGCAGCUCAUGAGAGUCGCUUGGUAUGCUGGUUUCACUGCUCGGGCUCAUCAGAAACAGCUGCACGCCCUUCCUGAUGUUGAUUAGGUCCAAAUGAUUGACUUUCCUUUUUUUUUGGUUUACAGAACGAAAAGAUGGUUGGAAUUGAAUUGGUAUAGGCUUCUCUUUCCCCCCCCCCCCNCCCCUUUCUUCCCGUUUCUUGUUACUGUUGUGCAUAAGGAGUUGGCCUUUAGAGUAACUACUAAGAUGUAUGUUACCAGAAAACGAACAAAAAAAUGUAUACAUCCAGAUAUUUGUUUAGUUAAAGGUGCUUGCAGUUUCUCUCUAAAAUA